UCCUUAUAAAACCAACUUACAUUUUGGGUAAACCAUUUGUCAUGACAAACAGUGUUGUCAUUAAAGCUACUGAUGAUAGAGUAACAGGGAUAAAUUUUCAGUCUUGAAAUUUGACAGCUAUGAGUUUCAAGAACAAAACAAGGUUUGCUUUUUCUAAAUAUAAAGGCAUCAGUUAUACUAAUCUUACUAUACUAUGUCUAUGGCUGGGGCUUGUUACAUACACAACACAAGCAACAACAAGCACAGCAGGAGCAACAGCAGAUACUACAACAAUGAGUAAUGCUCCAACGAUUACAAUUCAGGAUUCACCAGAUACAGAGGAAACAACAGAAUAUACCACAGCAUUGUACACAACAGAAGUUACAAAAAUCGCAGCACCCACAACAGCAGAAACAACUGCAGACACCACUACUAGCAGCCUAACAAGUAUAAUUUCAGAAACAACCUUUGCCACAUCAGAAGCUUCAACAACAACUGCAACAACAAGAACAGAAACAAGUGCAAAGACAAGUACUAGCAGCCCAACAAGUUCAAUAUCAGAAACAACCACAACCACAACAGAAGUUACCACGACCACAGCACCAACACUGACAUCAUCUACAUUACCAACAACACGAUUAACCACAUUGUAUACAACAGAAGUUACAACAACCACAGCACCAACAAUAGCAGAAACAACUGCAGUGACAACUACUAAUACUCCAACAAGUACAAUAUCAGAAACAACCUGUGCCACAACAGAAGUUACAACAACCACAGCACCAACAACAGCAGAAACAACCACAGUGACAGCUACUACCAGCCCAAAAAGUACAAUAUCAGAAACAACCAGUGCCACAACAGAAGAUGCAACAACAGCAGAACCAACAACAGCAGAAACAACUGCAUUAACCACUACUACCAGCCCAACAAGUACAAUUUCAGAUGCUACUACAUUUAAGACACUGUCAUCAACUAUAUCGACAACAAAAGAAUAUACCACAGCUUUGUACACAACAGAAAUUACAACAACCACAGCACCAACAACAGCAGAAAUAACUGCAGUGACUGCUAAUAACAGCCCAACAAGUAUAAUAUCAGAAACAUCCUUUGCCACAACAGAAGUUACAACCACAGCACCAACAAGAGCAGAAACAACUGCAGUGACAACUACUACUAGCCCAACAAGUACAAUAUCAGAAAGAACCAGUACCACAACAGAAGCUACAACUAAAACAGCACCAACAACAGCAGAAAUAAAUGCAGUGACAACAAAUACCAGUCCAAUAAGUACAAUUUCUGAAACCACUAUUACGACACUGAUAUCAAUUACAUCACCAACAACAGAAUUUACCACCAGAACAUUGUACACAACAAAAGGUACAACAACUGCAGAGCCAACAACAGCAGAAACAACCACAGUGACAGCUACUACCAGCCCAACAAGUACAAUUCAGAAACAACCAGUGCCACAACAGAAGCUAUAACAACCCCAGCACAAACAACAGCAGAAACAACUGCAGUUACAACUACUACCACUCCAACAAAUACAAUUUCAGACACUACCACUUUUAUGAUGUCGUCAUCAAAUAGAUCACCAACAACAGAAAAUACCACAACUUUGUACACAACAGAAGUUACAUCAACCACAGCAGCAACAACAGCAGAAACAACUGCAGUGACAACUACUCCUGGCCCAACAAGUACAAUAUCAGCCAAACAACAAUCAGUGCCAAAUAAGAAGCUACAAAAACCACAGCACCAACAACAGCAGAAACAACUACAGUGACAACUAAUAACAGUCCAAUAAGUACAUUUUCUGAAACAACCACUAUUACGACCCUGACAUCAAUGACAUCACCAACAACAGAAGAAACAACUGGAGUGACCACUAGCAGAAGCACAAGUAUAAUAACAGAAACAACCAGUGCCACAACAGAAGCUACAACAACCACAGCACCAACAACAGCAGAAACAACUGCAGUGACAACAACCACAGCACCAACCACAGCAGAAUCAACUGUAGUGACAACUACAGCUAGCCCAACAAUCAUAAUUUCAGGAACAAUCAAUGCGACAACAGAAGUUACACCAACCACAGCACCAUCCACAGCAGAAACAACUACUGAUACAGCUAUAUCCAGCCCAACAAGUACAAUUACAGAAACAACCAGCACCACAACAGAAACAACUGCAGUGACAUCUACUACUAGUCCAACAAGUAUAAUUACAGACACAUCCACUGCCACAACAGAUGGUACAACAACCACAGCAGCAACAACAGCAGAAACAACUGCAUUGAACACUAAAAGCAGCCCAAAAAGUAUAAUAACAGAAACAACCAGUUUCACAACAGAAGCUACAACAACCACAGCACCAACAACAGCAGAAACAACUACAGUGAUAACUAAUGCAAAUCCAACAAGUACAAUUUCAGAAACAACCACUAUCACAACACUGACAUCAACUACAUCACCAACAACAGAAUUUACCACCACAACAUGGUACACAACAGAAGGUACAACAACUGCAGAACCACCAACAGCAGAAACAACCACAGUGACAGCUACUACCAGCCCAAAAAGUACAAUUUCAGAUGCUACUACAUUUAAGACAUUGUCAUCAACUAUAUCGACAACAACAGAAUAUACCACAGCUUUGUACACAACAGAAAUUACAACAACCACAGCACAAACAACAUCAGAAACAACUGCAGUUACAACUACUACCACUCCAAUAAGUACAAUUUCAGAUACUAUCACUUUUAUGACAUUGUCAUCAACUACAUCACCAACAACAGAAUAUACCACAAAUUUGUACACAACAGAAAUUACAACAACCACAGCACCAACAACAGCAGAAACAACUGCAGUGACAAAUACUACUAGUGCAACAAGUAUAAUUACAAACACAACCACUGCCACAACAGAAGUUACAACAACCACAGCAGCACAACAGCAGAAACAAUUGCAGUGACAACUACUACUAGUCCAACAAGUACAAUAUCAGAAACAAGCAGUGCCACAAAAGAAGUUACAACAACUGCAGAACCAACAACAGCAGAAACAACUGCAUUAACCACUACUACCAGCCCAACAAGUACAUUAUCAGAAACAACCAGUGCCACAACUGAAGUUAGAACAUCCACAGCACCAACAACAGAAGACAUAAUUGGAGUGACCACUAGCAGCAGCACAAGUAUAAUAACAGAAAGAACCAGUGCCACAACAGAAGCUACAACAACCCCAGCACAAACAACAGCAGAAACAACUGCAGUUACAACUACUACCAUUCCAACAAGUACAAUUUCAGACACUACCACUUUUAUGAUAUUGUCAUUAACUAGAUCACCAACAACAGAAUAUACCACAACUUUGUACACAACAGAAGGUACAACAACCACAGCACCAACAACAGCAGAAACAACUACAGCGACAACUAAUACCAGUCCAAUAAGUACAUUUUCUGAAACAACUACUAUUACGACAAUGACAUCAACGACAUCACCAACAACAGAAGAAACAACUGGGGUGAUCACUAGCAGCAGCACAACAAGUAUAAUAACAGAAAGAACCAGUGCCACAACAGAAGCUACAACAACCACAGCACCAACAACAGCAGAAACAACUGCAGUGACAUCUACUGCAAAUCCAUUAAGUACAAUUUCAGAAACAACCACUAUUACGACAUUGACAUCAGCUACAUCACCAACAACAGAAUUUACCACCACAACAGAAGGUACAACAACUGCAGAACCAGCAACAGCAGAAACAAUCACAGUGACAGCUACUACCAGCCCAACAAGUAUAAUUUUAGAAACAAACACUGCCACAAAUGAAGCUACAACAACCACAGCACCAACAACAGCAGAAACAACUGCAGUUACAACUACUACCACUCCAACAAGUACAAUUUCAAACACUACCACUUUUACGACACUGUCAUCAACUACAUCACCAACAACAGAAUAUACCACAACUUUGUACACAACAGAAGUUAGAAGAACCACAGCAGAAACAACUGCAGUGAGCACUACUAGAAGCCCAACAUGUGCAAUAUCAGAAACAACCAUUGCCACAACAGAAGGUACAAGGUCCACAGCAUCAAACAGAGCAGAAACAACUGCGGUGACAACUACUAGCAGCGCAACAAGUACAAUAUCAAAAACCGCCAGUGCCACAACAGCAGUUACGACAACUAAAGCACAAACAACAGCAGAAACAAAUGCAGUCACAACCACUACAAAUCCAACAAGUACAAUUUCAGAAACAACUGCUAUUGCUACACUGACAUCAUCUACAUUACCAACAACACGAUUUACCACAACAUUGUACACAACAGAAGUUACAACAACCACAGCACCAACAAUAGCAGAAACAACUGCAGUGACAACUACUACUAGCCCAACAAGUACAAUAUCAGAAACAAUCAGUGCCACAACACAAAUUACAACAAUCACUGGAUCAACAACAGCAGAAACAACUGCAGUGACAAAUACUCCUAUCCCAAGAAGUACAAUAUCAGAAACAACAAGGGUCACAACAGAAGUUACAACAACCACAGCACCAACAACAGCAGAAACAACUGCAGUGAUGACAACUACUACUAGCCCAACAAGUACAAUAUCAGAAACAAUCAGUGCCACAACAGAAGCUACAACAACCACAGCACCAACAACAGCAGAAACAACUACAGUGACAACUAAUACCAGUCCAAUAAGUACAAUUUCUGAAACAACCACUAUCAUGACACUGACAUCAACUACAUCACUAACAACAGAAUUUACCACCACAACAUUGUACACAACAAAAGGUACAACAACUGCAGCACCAACCACAGUGACAACUACUACUAGCCCAACAAGUACAAUUUCAGAAACAACCAGUGCCACAACAGAAGCUACAACAAACCCAGCACAAACAACAGCAGAAACAAUUGCAGUUACAACUACUACCACUCAAACAAGUACAAUUUCAGAUACUACCACUUUUACAACAUUGUCAUCAACUACAUCAACAAAAACAGAAUAUACCUCAUCUUUGUAUACAGAAGUUACAAGAACCAAAGCACCAACAACAGCAGAAUCAAUUUCAGUGACAACUACUCCUAGUCAAAGAAGUACAAUAUCAGAAACAAUCAGUGCCACAACAGAAGCUACAACAACCACAGCACCAACAACAGCAGAAACAACUACAGCGACAACUAAUACCAGUCCAAUAAGUACAUUUUCUGAAACAACUACUAUUACGACAAUGACAUCAACGACAUCACCAACAACAGAAGAAACAACUGGAGUGACCACUAGCAGCAGCACAACAAGUAUAAUAACAGAAAGAACCAGUGCCACAACAGAAGCUACAACAACCACAGCACCAACAACAGCAGAAACAACUGCAGUGACAACUACUGCAAAUCCAUUAAGUACAAUUUCAGAAACAACCACUAUUAUGACAUUGACAUCAGCUACAUCACCAACAACAGAAUUUACCACCACAACAGAAGGUACAACAACUGCAGAACCAGCAACAGCAGAAACAAUCACAGUGACAGCUACUACCAGCCCAACAAGUAUAAUUUUAGAAACAAACACUGCCACAAAUGAAGCUACAACAACCACAGCACCAACAACAGCAGAAACAACUGCAGUUACAACUACUACCACUCCAACAAGUACAAUUUCAAACACUACCACUUUUACAACACUGUCAUCAACUACAUCACCAACAACAGAAUAAAGCACAACUUUGUACACAACAGAAGUUAAAAGAACCACAGCAGAAACAACUGCAGUGAGCACUACUAGAAGCCCAACAAGUGCUAUAUCAGAAACAACCAUUGCCACAACAGAAGGUACAACGUCCACAGCAUCAAAUAGAGCAGAAACAACUGCGGUGACAACUACUAGCAGCCCAACAAGUACAAUAUCAAAAACCGCUGGUGCCACAACAGCAGUUACGACAACUAAAGCACAAACAACAGCAGAAACAACUACAAAUCCAACAAGUACAAUUUCAGAAACAACUGCUAUUGCUACACUGACAUCAUCUACAUUACCAACAACACGAUUAACCACAACAUUGUACACAACAGAAGUUACAACAACCACAGCACCAACAGAGACAACUGCAGUGACAAAUACUCCUAUCCCAAGAAGUACAAUAUCAGAAAGAACCAGUGCCACAACAGAAGCUACAACAACCACAGCACCAACAACAGCAGAAACAACUACAGUGACAACUAAUACCAGUCCAAUAAGUACAAUUUCUGAAACAACCACUAUUAUGACACUGACAUCAACUACAUCACCAACAACAGAAUUUACCACCACAACAUUGUACACAACAGAAGGUACAACAACUGCAGAAACAACAACAGCAGAAACAAUCACAGUGACAGCUACUACCAGUCCAACAAGUGCAAUUUCAGACACUACCACUUUUACAACACUGACAUCAAAUACAUCACCAACAACAGAGUAUACCACAUCUUUGCACACAACAGAUGUUACAACCACAACACCAACAACAGCAGUGACAACUACUCCUAGCCCAACAAGUAAAAUAUCAGAAACAACCCGUGCCACAACAGAAGGUAUAACAACCACAGCACCAACAACAUUGACAACUACUACAAAUCCAACACAAUAUCAGAAACAACCACUAUUACUACACUGACAUCAACUACAUUACCAACAACAGAAAAUU